ACACUAUUUUAACCCUUAUAUGCAGCCUAUUUUCUCUUAGAACACAAUUCUGAAGCAAUUUUAGAAGAAACCAUGGGACCAAUGUGAUCGAAACCCUAACAAAGCCAGCGUUAGAAAGCGAACCAAGAUCCAGAGAAAAUGGAGGAGCAGCAUGGUCCGAUCAAAUGGCUGAACCUAAUGGUCUCUGAGCCCUAUUUUCUCUUCCAUUUUCUCGCUUUCUUCUCCUACUUGGUCGUCCGCGGCUCCGCAACCCCCAUCCUCUUUCCUCACCUCACCCAUAAUCUCCUUCAUCGGGAAAUCCAAGCGAUUCUGGCAUUUUCUGUGUUGACUCUUAUCAAGAUGGUUAGACAAGAAACGUGGGAGGCCUUUACUGCUGAUAUGCUGUUUUUGGCAAAGGUUUUUCUUGUCACCCUUGCUUUAGUAUUGGAUUACCAUGUGGCUUUUUGGUACUUAGUGGUAUUUGGUGUUAUAUAUGUUCUAACUCAGCAGCCUGCCUACCAAGGACUAGGUAAUUCAAGUAAGUUAACACCGUUGCAGUUGGAAACCUUGCUGACAGAGGGGAACACAUCAAGAUUCUGGCUGGUAGAAUUUCGUGCAUCAUGUUCACCUGCUUGCAUACGCACAAGUCGGUGCUUUCCUGAGCUCUCAAUUACAUAUUCGAACAAAAAUUUGUCUUUUGGAGUAGUUGAUCUUGGACUCUUCCCAAAUGCUGCCGAAAAGUUUGGAAUAUAUCUUGGUGGGAGCAUGGAUCAACUUCCUACAUAUAUCUUAUUUGAGAAUGCAGCUGAGGUUGCACGCAUUCCUCAGUUGAAUCUUGAAGCAAAAUCUUCUCAUCCUCCCAUAACUAAGAAACUUCUUUCCCGAUAUUUUGAGCUUGAUCUUCACCUCCUUGAGUAUGUAAAUGGUAAAUAGGUAAUUUAACAUUGAUGCCUGCAAUAUUAUUAUUAAUUUCCAUUUGUAUUCUUAAAUAGCUUUCAGAGAUAAAAGGGUGUAACGAAUUGUGUAAUCAAGUUUUAUCUGUUGUAUGAUUCAAGCUCGAGGAAGAGUUUAAUCCAGAACCAUGCAUUAAUGUAAUUCGCAGAUUUUAAGCCAAAAUUCCCUUCAUUUGCAAUAUAGCGCCGUUUGGCAAAAGUUUAUUCUUAUUCA